AAGCAAAUACCGCAGUAACUCAGCACCCGGCACCUGAUCCGAGAAGUUCGGUCAAGGUCGGUCUCAACUGUUGAGGAAGCCCUCUCCCCCCAUCCAGAUACCGGUACAGGUAGUCUAUCCAGGAAAUGUUUAAAUUCCCUCUCCCCCGCACCACCAUUUCCUCACCCAAACCCUUCGUCAGACUCCCUACUGCUACUACUACCGCUACAAAUUCCAUACAAGGACUUCAUAGUAUCCUGAAUAGCUACAAGUACGUUGCGGCAAUGUCCACCUUACCGCAAAAGUCGGAAUGGCUCUGCAUCUUGCCGGACCAGGCUGAUGGUGGCCUGGAGAGGAGACUUAAGGUUCGCGCGUGAGUAAUUCAUCUGAACGAAAGGAGGAGUUCUACUUUUUCUGAGAGGUAUUAUUAGGGAACACCUCGAGGGCAUCAAAAGGAACCAAGAAGCCGGAUUCGCCAACUUUGGCGGUUUGUUUCUUCAUCAAAUUACUUGUGGGAUAUACAUGAAUGAGUGAAGCUACUGAUCUGUCCUAACAGGAGUAUUCCUCAAUGAACCCGCAAAAGAAGGGGAGACCCCCUCCUUCAAGGGAUCCAUCAUCGUUGCUACGGGCGUGAGUAAAGAGGAUGUUCUCGAGGUGUUGAAGCAAGACGUUUAUUCCAAGAAUGAUGUGUGGGAUUGGGAAAAGGUCGUCCUUCUUCUUUCCCCCUACCUCCAAAUAGCAUGGGCUAACACUACUACAUCCCAGUAGGCCGAGAUCUAUCCCGUAUGUAACCGUUUGCGCUUCCAGUCGGUGGACUCCAUUGCUAAUGGUCAAUAUAGUUCAAAACUGGAAUUGCAUCCCCACUUCCGUAUGUUUAGGUUGGACGGCGACGGAUGGAGAUGACUCGUCGUGAAGAUUGCUAUUUUAAUAGACGUUUAAAUACCCCCUCCGUCCCACAAUUUCAUGUAACCACACCUCCCCUAAAAUUUGUAGUGAAUGCACUGGUACGAUAUCGGGAUAGUGAUAAAUGCAAGAGAGUAAGAUACCGUAUCUAGUUGGGCGAGGACGGGGGAGAAUCUGAGGGAAUUAAGUUCUUGAAGUAUGGGUGCUCUGAUUGAGCCUUAGGGAAACAUGUCUUGCUUUGGGGGCUGCGGGGUUGGAGAUUAGGUAUUCGUAGUAUGACGUAUGAUGCCAUACCAUACAGUGUAUGAUAGCUCGCGUUAAUGCUGCAUCGUACGAGUACGGUAGUGUGCCGGAAUACUGCAUUAAGUUAUGGUAUUGUACGAGUACUGUACUUGGUUAUUCCAUGGAGUGAUGAGACAUGCAGGUUCCCCACCUUCCACGCCCGGGUGUGGCCCUGCAACCUUGCCUCACAAAAAUCGCGAAAUAUCAAUUCUCUGUAGAAAUGUCUCUUAGCCACGGCAUAGGAUUACCGUAUACGGAAGGCGGGGAAUCUGCAUGUCCCAUCAAC